GUAUAUCGCUGUGUUUGUACUUCCUGUCUGUCACCGCGACUUCCGCAGAUGGAUUGGCUUUUGUUGUGUAGUGACUGAAAGGGCGUGCGUUCAUGCACGAGCACUUCAAACCGCACUCGUCAGGAAAAAAGGGAGUGUCGGGACAUAAAGCAACACCAACCAUCCGCAAAGAGUCAAACAUCCAAGUUUGCUUCGGUCAUCCUUGGUUGAGGUUGCAAGCAAGUCCAUACUCAGAAUGAGUUGUGCGGCGCAAGACGAUGCUGCGAAGUUUCUCAAGAGUUUUCUGGAGGAGUUUCCAAACCCACUUGGCACAGAGGACCCGCUUCCUGUUAGUCCGCUUAGCCGUAAAGUCUCUCUGCAGGAGGUGAAGGGAGAGAGUCUGGAUCUUGGCCUCCGCCUGCUCUCAGCCAGAAAUGCCCCAUCCUGGCUGAGUGCAGCGAUGUGCAAUGCUGCUGUCACUGAAUUGCUUAAAGAUGACCUUUCACCUCACUACUGCCCCAAAGAUCCUGAACAGCAACCAGAGGAUGAACAAGGAAUUGUUUUGUUGCAGUCUGAGCCACUGCAGCGCCUCUUUUUAAAUAAAUUGAGAGAAGUGGGUGUGGCCUGGCAGAAACAGCUGCCCAAUCCUGGUUCUUCCUCUUCAAGGACACACAGCUGCUCUGUUCACGCCAUUCGAAACACUCGCAGGAAGAUGGAGGAUCGUCACAUGAUCUUGAAAGAGUUUAACCAGCUUCUGGGAUUGAAGGAUGGUGUGGAUCGACAGUAUUUCGCAGUGUUUGAUGGACAUGGAGGGGUGGAUGCUGCCACAUAUGCUGCCACUCACUUGCAUAUCGUACUGAGCCAGCAGGAGGCGCUAAAAAGCGAUGCUGCCGCAGCCUUCAGAAGCAGCUUCAAACAAACGGAUGACAUGUUCAAGAUCAAAGCCAAGACAGAGCGUCUGCGCAGCGGCAGCACUGGUGUGGCCGUCUUACUGACCUCUGAUCGCCUGACCGUCUCCUGGCUGGGCGACUCUCAAGCUAUGCUGGUUCGACAGGGCGAACCAGUGACCCUAAUGGACCCACACAAACCGGAGAGAGAGGAUGAGAAGAAAAGGAUUGAGGAUCUGGGUGGAUGCAUCGCUUUCAUGGGUUGUUGGCGGGUAAAUGGUACCUACGCCGUUUCCAGAGCAAUAGGUGAUUUUGAUCAGAAGCCAUACGUCUCAAAUGAAGCUGACAGCUCGUCGGUCCAGCUGAACGGGGAUGAAGAUUACAUCCUCCUUGCCUGCGACGGCUUCUUUGACGUGGUUCGGCCUGGUGACGUCCCGGGCCUGGUUCAGGAAGCUCUGAGGGAGGGCGGAGGCUCGGGGGAGGACGUGGCCCAGAGUCUGGUGGCCCAUGCGAAAGCUGCUGGAUCCAGUGAUAACAUCACAGUUCUUCUGGUGUUCCUGAAGGAGCCGAAGCAACUUUUGACCCACGAGACGAGCUCCAGAACAGAGGAAGGAGGAGCUACGGCUGCAGCCACUGUGGUCUGAAAGGGGUUAAUAGGAAGAAAUUGUACAUGAUAGAACUCAUUAGCAGCUGAUGGUCUUUUCACCAUCUCGAAUGAUAUGAGUUGUUGAAUUUGAAAAAACAUGCGAUUGUUGAGGUCAUCCAAAACGAGUCCAUUCAUGCAUUCAGAAGAAAGCACUGAGCGCCAGUGAAAGGCGUUUCCUUGUUUUUUUUCCACAAGAAUGUUUGAUCCUUGGUCAUUUAUUAACUCUCUUUAUUGCUAAGUCUGAACUUGCCUUACAAGAUGUUUCCAUCUUUUAACUAUUUGCCUUGUUUUUAACAGCUUAUAUUUACAUUUACUGCUGCUUAAUAUCUCAUAAACUAUGUAAUACCUUUGAGACGUGUAAAGGAAAUGCGAUCAGAUCAUUUUUGAUAGAUGCGCUCCCUAUUUGAUACGACUGUUACAAGGAAGAGAAAACGAAUGUGAAAAGUCUUAACAGAUACAGUAUUGCAUUGCGUUUCGGACCACACUGGCUUCAAUAAUGAAAAAAUCGCCCGUAAGGCCUUCAGUUCUGUCAGCAGAUGUACUUAUCCAGUGUUGUAGGUGGUUAGUAUUUUUAAGACUGUUAUUUAUUUGAAAAAAUAUAUAUUUAUGGCUGUA